CUCAGCUGAGACGCUCUGAUGUUUGGACUCCUGCAGUGGACCCCUCCAGGUGAUCCUUGUAGCAAUGGGAACAAGGAGAUCCAACAGGUACAGCAUUGUGUCAGACAUCAUACCUGAGGACGAACUGCAGAAGAUCUCCAGCUUGGGAGUACCUAACGGCCAGGGAUCCCUCAAAGUCCAAAAGUACUUUGACUCGGAAGGAGGCGACAGCAGGAGGAGGUCUGGAGCCCUUGCUGUCGUGCCGAGCACCCGGGAGCAACGAGGGAUGAACAACUACAAUGGCAAGGUUCUGACAAGGGGGUCCAACCAGAUCCGGAGCCGUUUCGUCAAGAAGAAUGGGCAAUGCAACGUUGUUUUCACCAACAUGGAGGAAAGGAGGCAGCGCUACCUUGCAGAUAUCUUCACCACCUGUGUGGACAUCCGCUGGAGAUACCUGUUCUCUAUAUUUUGCAUCAGUUUUCUUCUCUCCUGGCUGUUUUUUGGCAUCAUCUUUUACAGUGUCUCCUUGGCACAUGGGGACUUUGAAAACCUCCCAACACGGAAAGGGGACGGACUGCUUGCAGGGAGCUUACACGGACCAUCUUCUGGGUACAUAGCAGGAGGUCAGACUCAAAGGAUGCCCUGCAUCCUUCAUGUCCAGGGCUUUGUGGGGGCGCUCCUGUUCUCCAUGGAGACCCAGACCACUAUCGGCUACGGCUGGCGCUGUGUUACUGAGGAGUGUCCUGUGGCGGUGAUAACGGUGGUGAUACAGUCCAUCGUUGGCUGCAUCAUCGACUCCUUCAUGAUUGGCACCAUCAUGGCCAAGAUGGCCCGACCCAAGAAGAGGAACCAAACCCUCAUGUUUUCCAAAAAUGCCGUCAUUACCCUUCGCGAUAGCAAGCUCUGCCUCAUGUGGAGGGUGGGCAACCUGCGGAAGAGCCACAUCGUGGAAGCGCACGUCCGCGCACAGCUCAUCCGCUCCUACGUCACAGAGGAAGGGGAGUUCAUCCCCCUGGAACAGAUGGACCUCAACGUCGGCUACGAUGAAGGCACAGACAGGCUGUUCCUCGUGUCUCCACUGGUUGUAAUUCAUGAAAUAGACAAAGACAGCCCUCUGUACACUUUAAGCAGAGCUGAUCUGGAAGCAGAUGACUUUGAGAUUGUUGUCAUAUUGGAGGGAAUGGUGGAAGCCACCGCCAUGACCACCCAGUUCCGUAGUUCUUACCUCGCCAGGGAGAUUUUCUGGGGUCACAGGUUUGAGCCUGUGAUCUUCGAGGACAGGGACUGCUACAAAGUAGACUACAGUCGCUUCCAUAAGACCUACGAGGUGCCCUCGACGCCCCACCUCAGCGCCAAGGAGCUAGACGAAGCCGCCAGCCGAGCCUCCUCUGCCGCGUCUCCCGCAUCACCUUUCAGAUCCAAGCAAGACCUGAUCCAGCGAACGCUGAGCGCCUUCUGCUACGAGAACGAGGUGGCACUGAGCGGCGGCGAGGAGGAGGAGGACAUAUUUGACUCCUCGCAGAUCGUCGGCAUGGAGAGGGCAGAGGAGAGGAGGACUUCAGUGGAUUUCCACAACAUGUUCCACGACAACUCCACUGUGGCUUCAGGAAGCCACAAUGUCAUGUGUGUCCUGGACAUGGACAACAACCAGAUGGAGUUUGACAUCCUUCAGACUGCCAUUCCUCUUGAUCCCGUCACUUACAAAAGUGAGCAGGAUACCUAGAAGAAAAACGAAAAUAAUACUCAGAGUUAAAUGAGAGUUUCAUUGGAUUUGAUCUGUGCUGAGAGUAUUGAAACCCCUUUGGCCUUUCCGGUGUUUUAUAUUUGCAUUUAUGUGUUUUUCCUUUAAUAGUGAUGUCAAUUAAUCUAAUUUCCUGUUCAAGAUUCAGCACAUGAGAAUGAAUUCCUAAAAGAGCCUUACAAAGGUAAAAUAUUCCAUCUUUCAACCCCUUGAUCCCUAAUGAUGCAAAUAUCAGACCACUUCUGCUCUAAAUCUAACUGCAAUUAGGAUCUACAUCAGGGGAGAGCAAACUACAUCAAACCCUUUAAUCUGGCCCACCAAACUGGAAUAAAUUAUAUUAAUAAUCCUUAAUCAUUUUUUAUUCUCCCUGUAAUUCUGGUUUCUACUUAUGGAUGGUGGAUUAUUGUUUUCCUGACAUUGAUAUUUGUUUUUCAAGUCAUUUUUCUGAUCAUUUAAACACCACAUGAAAGCAGCAUUUAUCUAAAUUUGCGUUUAUUUCAGAGG